CAAGUUUCGGUUUUAUUUUCAAAGAAAUAGGCUCGUUUGCGCUUACGUGUCCGGUUGCUCUCAAGCACGAGCUUAAAUCCCGUCUGGUUUCAAACAACACCCCCUUUAAUUAUGUCCGUGGUGCUCCACGGAAGCCUCGGCUGGGUUUUGGAUUCAUGCUCGCUUAUCGAUCGGGGAUAUUCGCCGUGCAUACGAUGGAGAGAGAAUCAGAAGUCAGCUCUGAAGUGUAGUUUCAAAAGGCAGUGCUUCCAGGUUUUUAAGAGCUACUAUAACGAGAAUAACAGAGCAGAUGUGGAUGCAGGGAACACGGAGGUCCUGAAAAAAACAUGCAAACCCUCAAAGAAAAGGAAACGAAAACACCAUGAACUCAACCAAGGGGAAAUUGAUUCACUGGUCUUUCACGAGAAGAUAAAGUCUGUUAUUCUGGAGGGAACCAAGUACUUGGUGGAUUCUGCACAACCGCUCGGCUAUCUGAAUGGACAGACAAACGUGGACAAAGAGCCUCUUCCUUCACAGGAGUGCAACCUCGCUGCUCUUUGUGAAAUGGCUAAAGAUCUCCCUCUGGUGGAGGAUGAGGAGCAGGAACAGGGCGCUCAGUUACUUGUUGGCGAGGAUGGCUGUACGUCUCACGUCGACUUGUUCUCUCAGGUGACAGAGAACAAGGCGGACUGGGCUACCGUGGUUACGGUGAUGGGAGAGGAGUAUGUAAUACCCCCCCACACGGCUUUCCUGCUGUCUGAUUUCACGAGGAUACAACCAUUAGUCCACUACGGAACAAGGUUCGACCUAAUCGUUAUGGAUCCACCAUGGGAAAACAAGUCUGUGAAAAGAAGUCGCAGAUACGGCUCGUUGCCCUCAUCCCAGCUAAAGCGGCUCCCUAUUCCCCUGCUGGCAUCUCCAAACUGUUUAGUGGUGACCUGGGUGACAAACCGGCCAAGCCACCUGCGUUUUGUCCGUGAUGAGCUGUAUCCACAUUGGGGCGUAGAAGUUGUGGCUGAAUGGUUCUGGGUCAAGGUCACCACAUUUGGGCAAUUUGUGUUUCCGCUAGACUCACCACACAAGAAACCAUAUGAAGUCUUUGUCCUGGGCCGAUAUCGUUGCUCUGCUGAUAUCUCAGAGAGCCCCUCAGAGACAUCAGAGGUGCCUGUGGAGGAUCAGCGUUUGAUUGUCAGUGUCCCAUCAGCUCUGCACUCUCAGAAGCCUUCGCUGUCAGAGGUACUGAAGCCAUACAUUGGAGCUGACGCCAAGUGCUUGGAGCUGUUUGCAAGAAGUCUUCAACCAGGAUGGACCAGCUGGGGCAAUGAAGUGCUCAAAUUCCAGCACGUUAGCUAUUUCAAUUUGACACCUGUAGAUGAAAAAGCAGAAGCUGAGGAUGACUGCACAGCCAAAGAAAAACAAGCACAAGGGUUCGAUUCACCUGGGAAAACCUGACCUCCUGACCGGUGUCCCUCCACUGUGAGCCUGUGACUGACCUCUGACACCUGUUAGAUCAGUAAUUUAGUUUGUAUUUAACGGUGAUUCAGCGCCAAAAUGUUUCUCUACCAGUUUCUUUUGAUCUGUGCUCGUCAUGCAUGUGGGACCUUUGAUUUCUUUUUUUUGGUCUGUGUGCAUUUUUAAGGUAGCGAAACACAAGUCUGAUGAGGCAGCUGGAGAGAUGAAAGUGCUUUUCAGUGCAGCUGUUUUGAACCCAGCUUCCCACGCUGCAAUCAGAUAAACAACACUUUUGUUUUUUUUAUUUGCCUUUUUAGUAAUGUUUGGCACAUUGUGCGUCUUAAGGAUGAUCAAAGUAUUUCUAUUUUUACUUAUUUUAUGCUGUUUUGAGCUGAAUUUCAAAGAAGAAACACUUUCAUAGUGAAUGCAUGCUGGGUUGCUUAUCCUUUAAAGUUUUUCACACGAACAAGCCACUGAUGUCUCCUUCACUCUGCCUUUUGCCCUGUCAACGGCAACCGGUUCUAUCAUUGGAUCAUUUGUCGCUGAAUCCUUCCUCAUUUUUCAAUGAAAGAUGAACUCGUCCCAUGUCACACUUCUAACCAGCUAACCUGCCUUUUCCUGUUGACUCUCUAAUGAGUUUGUUGGUGUCUGCAUUUGGAUGAACGCCGCUGUCUUUGAGACAGAACAGGAUGAGUUAUGGCCACUGCAGCAGCGUGCACAUCACAGCUAAUGAAGCCAGACUGUGUCUUCUGCAGGAUUACGUAUACAUCACCUUGUCAAGUUCUCUACCUUUGAGUCUAUAACACACACGGGCACAUUAGUGUAUUCCUUACACUGUAUGUCACAGUGGCAUCAUCCAUUUAUUUGUGAAGUCCUGUUUUGUGGAUCUUAACAUUUUAAUAGAUUGAAGUGAGUAAUAGAAGUGAGCAUGUUCGGAUAUUUGCAUAUUUGAAUAAGAGGGUGAAGUGCUGAUUUUGAAGAUGGGAUGAAUCGAUGGUGCAGGUACAUGUUGAGUAUUGCCAAGUAUGGUAGCCAUUAACUAUAGUGACCAAAGCCAGUUUUUAUAUUACGUUGUUAAAGUGCCUAUUUACCUUGUAAAGUUGGGCAUUUAAGGUUUUGUACAACGUGGGAUUAUAUGGGAACUGACUUACUUUUGGUGCAUGAACAGAUAGAAAACAUAGAAUUAGCUUUCAGAUCUGAAAAGUGAUGUCAGCAUCGAAAUGCUUUGAUCCUGCAUUGUUUUCACAUCCACCCUGGGGGAACGCCAGGCCUCGAGGGCCAGUGUC